UUAUCUACAAGUUGAUAAGAAAAUUCUGUAAUUUUACUAAUUAGUUCUGCAAAUUGGUUCGGCGAAUUUUAAAUAUUCCAUAUUUUAAUACCGGUUUUUACUAUUCAAUUUUCAUUGUACAUCGGAAUUCUAGAAUUUAGAUACAGUUAAUGCAUCUUAAUAAAAAUAAUUACCAAAAACUAAAUUUUCAAAUUUAUAUUUAGACGCCUAGGUAUUAUAUUUUGGUAAUCAAACGAGUAAUUUUAAAAUUAAAGACCAGGUCUGGUAAUUGUUGAAACGUAUGUACAUCAAGUGAAACAUGUCAAAAGCAGUUGAAAAGAAAACACCGUGUCAAAAUUCAAUUUUGGAUACAUUAAAAAAAGCUACCACAAAAAAUUCGGAAUGGCCUGACAAAGAUGAAUUUCUUGAUGUAAUUUACUGGGCAAGGCAAAUCCUCGGACUCAUUGCUGGUCUAUUAUGGGGCCUUUUACCAUUGAAAGGGCUAUUUGGAUUAGGAUUAUUUUUAGUGCUCAAUGCUGUUUCAUUAUACGCAUAUUUUACCAAUUUCCAACAAGUUGAUGAAGAAGAAUUUGGUGGAGCUUGGGAGUUAACCAAAGAAGGAUUUGUUACUUCAUUAGCAGGAUUUUUAGUGAUGUGGAUAAUUGUGUAUUCUGGAAUGCAUUUUGAUUAAGUACAAAAACCAUUCCACACUAAAAAGUUUUGUAUAAUUGUUUUUAUUGCAAUGAAUAAUUAAAUUAUAACAUUCUGUACAAAA